AUGCCGUCAGACGAGCUCAGCGAUGAGAUUGAGGCUCUCAAUUCCAUAUAUGGCGACGGCACCCUGUCACCGUCAACAUCAUCAGAUGCGGUAGAUGUGUACGUGCUCGUGCUGCCGGCCGAGGACACAGAUGGCGGCGCAGCCUCUUCCGACCUCGCCGCCCGCGCCGCGUUGCGCCUGUACAUCCCGCCGUCGUAUCCGUCCUCGGAACCCCCAUCGGUGCUGGCCACCCACUCAGCCGGCGCCCACGCCAAGCCCGGCGCCGCAGCCCACGCACUGACGCUGUUUCGCGCCGCCCUCGCAGAGACGUACACGCCAGGCGAGGUAUGCCUCUUUGACGCCAUUGAAGACUUCUCCCAGCGCAUGCAGGCGUCGGCGCCGGACGCCGCCGCCCCGGCCUUGCGCACGCCGUCACCGUCCCGCUCACGCGCUACGUCGCCAGGCGCAGCAGGGGCAUCAGCAACGUGUACAGACACGCAGGCGCCGCCGCCGUGGACGCUCUCGGACCCGCUGACGGAGCUCAAGUCGACGUUUCUCGCACGGGCGGCGGCCGUGACGUCGCCGGCGCAGGCCAACGCGUACGUGGCGCACCUGCUGGCGACGGACAAGAAGGCGCGGGCGGCGACGCACAACAUUACGGCGUGGCGAGUGCGGGGCCCGCGGGGCGCGAGCUUCCAGGACUGCGACGACGAUGGCGAGAGCGCGGCCGGCGGCAGGGUGCUCAAGCUGCUGCAGAUGAUGGACGUCUGGGACGUCAUGGUUGUCGUGACGCGAUGGUAUGGCGGGCAGAAGCUGGGGCCCAGGCGGUUUGCCGUCAUAAACAUGGUGGCGAGGCAAGCGGUCGUCAGGCUCGUUGGUGAAGCUGCCGGUGGUGGAGGGGGAGGCAAGGGAGGGAAGAAGUAG